AUGGAUGUGUGUCACAUGAUUCUUGGGCGUCCAUGGCAAUUUGACGCUAAUGCCACAUAUGAAGGCCAAGCAAACGUGUAUUCACUGGAUUGGAAGGGUAAACGAUUGCGGUUAUUACCACACAAUGCUGACUCCGUUGGCAAGGAUGAUAAGGGCAAGGCCGCGGCAUAUCUAGUGUCCGGUCAUAUAUUAUUACAAUCUCUUCCCGAAGAUGUUCCAGUCCUAGCUCUCGUGGCCGCUGACAAUCACAAGCACCAGGACCUGCACGCCGUCCCUGAAGCAGUGAAUCAGCUCUUAGCUGAGUUUGCUGAUAUUGGUCCUACAGAGUUACCUGCCCAUCUACCGCCACUUCGCACCAUUCAGCAUCAAAUUGAUCUUAUUCCCGGAGCUUCCUUGCCCAAUUUGCCUCCUUAUCGAAUGAGUCCUAAAGAACACGCUAUUCUUCAAGAUAUUAUGGAUGAUCUAUUGAAACGGAAACUCAUCCAACACAGCCUCAGCCUGUGCACGGUACCCGCGUUGAUCGUACCCAAGAAAGACGGGCAAUGA